AUGCCGAAUUUUUGCGCCGCGCCGAACUGUACACGGAAGAGUACACAGUCGGAUUUGGCAUUUUUUCGUUUUCCGAGGGACCCCGAGAGAUGUCGGAUCUGGGUGGAAAAUUGUCGCAGAGCGGACCUGGAGGCCAAAACCGCCGAUCAGUUAAACAAGCACUACAGAUUGUGUGCCAAACAUUUCGAUCCAGCUUUAGUGUACAAAACGAGCCCCUACAGGACAGUGCUAAAAGAUACGGCCAUUCCCACCAUCUUUGAUCUGACCAGCCACUUGACAAAUCCUCGCGUCAAACACCGCAAGCAGAUAAAAGAACUUACGGAAGAGGACCUAAGACGAAUAAGGGAAAGGAGAUUGGCUGCGUCUGCUGAGAAAUCCAAAAAGGAGGCAGUAGCCGAAGAUCCCAGAGCAGAUGAGCCACAGAUGUCGGCAGAGGAGAAGGAGCUGCGCGAUUACCUGCGGUCUCUGUUCGAGCUGGUUCUGGAGCUUGCCAAACAAUGCGUUCCGUUGGAGACCUUCAAAGCCCUAGACGGAGACAAAGCAUCCAACAAUUUCCAGGCGCUGCUGCAGUACCGAAUGCAUGCCGGAGACGAGGCCCUGAGGAGGCGCUUCGAGGCCACGCCGGUAAACGCCGACUUCCUGUCCUCGGCCCAGCUGAACCAGCUCCUGGACGUGUGCGAGAACACAGUGAGGGAGGAGAUGUUGAUGGAGGCUAGGGAGGGCCGCUUCUUCUCGCUGGUCACCGACGACCUGGUGGACUUUGGUGACGACAAGCAUCUGCCACUUUUCCUGCGUUUCGUCAACCAGCACAAUGUGGUCCGCGAGGAAUUUUUGGACUUUGUGUCGUUCGAUGGCGAUGAGCUGGCGCUGGUGGAGCGUAUAGAGGCGCAGCUGACGGAGCGUUGGGGACUCAGCAUGGAGGACUGUCGCGGACAGGCGCACAAAGUAACCGGGGCGUCAGCCACCAAGAUGAAGGCGGUGGCCGUGCUCUUGAUGGAGAAGUACCCGCUGGCCUUGCACAUGCCCUGCUCGCGCAUGGCGCUCAACAUCCACUUGGCCAACAGUCUGCCAUUUCCGAACGUGCAGGUGCUGGUGGAAACGCUUAGGAGGGUUGCUGCCUUCUUCAAGAGCACAGCAGCGCAGGACGGGCUACGCACUUGCAUCAGCGCUCACUACCAAAAGAAUGAUGAAAAGGCCACUGCGCUACAUCAGGCCUGUGCCGACAACUGGACCACGCAGCAUAAUGUCUUCGACGUGCUCCUUGACAUUCUCCCGCCGCUCGUUUCCUGCCUGGACAACAUCCACGAUAACACGGACGGCACCUUCGAUGGCGCGGAGGUGGCCGCCGCCUACUCGCUGUCCGAGAUCCUCGCCGACUUCGAGAUGGUGAUGACCGCCGUGGUCCUGAAAAGCGUCCUCACUUUUACCCGAGCGUUCGGCCGGAAUCUCCAAAGUGAGACGAUGGAUGCCUUCUGCGCCGCUAACAGCCUCACCGCCGUCAUGCACUCGCUCAAUGAGGUCAAUGACAACAUCGACGUGUAUCACGAGUUCUGGUACGAGGAGGCCACGAGCCUGGCCGCCUCCAUGGAGAUCCCCGUGCGCGUCCCCCGGCUCUACGUUCAGAGGCAGCGCGCCACCGACAUGAGCGAGAUCCAAGCAGAGGCCUAUUACCGCGAGUACGUCACGCUGCCGAUCAUCCACAGCGUCAUGCAGGAAGUGGAAGAGAUGUUCUCCGAGGUCAACCUCAAAGUCCUCAAGUGCCUAUCGCUGGUGCCCGCCAUCAUGGGCCAAAUGAAGUUCAACACCAGUGAGGAAACCUCAGCCGACGUGUAUCGCGCCGACCUGCCCAGCCCCGACACGCUGCCGGCCGAGCUGCACUGCUGGCGGAUCAAGUGGAAGCACCGCGGCAAAGAGGUGCGCCUACCCACCACCAUCCAUGAGACGCUCCAGCUGCCCGACAUCAAGUUCUUCCCCAACGUCAAUGCCUUCCUCAAGGUGCUCUCCACGCUUCCCGCGCUCAAGAUGGAGGAGCAACAAGGUGUGACGGCCGGCCAGCGGCUGCGGGCCUACCUGGACGAUGUGCCCGCCAAGCUGUGGAACCGCAGCUUGGCCGUGCUCAACGUCAACACCCACGUCAAGCCGGACUUGGAUGUCAUGGUUGACAAAUAUUGCAGACUCUACCCCGAGGACGAGCCCGAGAUGGAAGUGCAAAACGUGGGUGGAGUCAUCAUCUUGACUCGCAUCCUGCAGAAGCAAAGCAGGAAGAAAGCAUAA